AUGCGAGGUCUUGCGCUUGUUCUUGGUUUACUGCUUCUCUGCUUCCAUGGAAGUCUGGCCGACGAUGACAUCGAGAGGAUCGUCCUCCUCAAGCCUCGGGACUCUGAUACGCUCCCUCCCGGCCACCCGAUAGUGGUUGAGGUCCAGGUGAGCGGUCUGAAGCCUGACAGCCAGUACACUGCUGAGAUGAGUGUGGAUGAAGAGGAUGGACUGACCGUUCAGCUGAAGGGAGACGGGGUCUACUCAGAGACGCUGCAGUCGCUGCAGGGCGGACAACAUUUGGUCACUGCCUUUCUGUUCAGAUCGGAGUUGUACGUGUCCAGGGCAGAGCAUCACUUCACUGUGAGCGAGCAUGAUCAGACAGAGCCGAGCAGUCACAGGGAAGCAAGUCAGGCCACGGAGUCUCAGGUGGGCGAGUCGGAGGCAUCGGAGGGCUCCCAGUUGUCGGACCUCCGGUUGACGAUCAGUACCAUCUCACCAUGCCAAGUGUUCACAGAGACGCUGGUGGUGCUCGGCCUUGAGAUUUCACGCCCUCCUCCUCCUAACUUCAACUUCUCCUUCGUGGUGAACGGGCACGUCCAUCUUGUGCAGCCCGCCAACCACACCAUCUCCAUCUCUGCCAUGCCUGACGGCAUUCACCACAUCUUCCUGCAUGCAGCAUGGAUAGACAGUCAGAGGCGCUUGCGGGAGGUUCGAGGAGCGGACAUCUGGUUCAGUGUCAACACUCCGUUCAACUAUGACACGAUCUACCAGGUCUCCACCAUCCCUCACAUGUUCCCCAACCCUUCCUUAGAGUCGGAGCUCUGGAAAUGUUUGACCCAUCACCAGAAGACAGUAGUUCCAAGGUUAUGGAUCACCCUGUCCCAAGCAAAGAAGUACGAUGAGGCCAUGGAGUACAUCAGGUUAGCCCUGAGGUCCCGCGCCACAGAGCCAUGGUUUCACCUCGCGCACUCCUGCCUCCUCUGGCUUUGGCACAUGCAGACGAGCUCAUGCACGUUGACCAGCACCUGCUAUGAGGGUGUCCUCGAGGGGUUCGAGGUGGCGCUGGAUAACGGGUUGCAAUCUGUCGAUGCAGGCGGGGGGAUCAACGAGAUGGUUGGUAUCCUCGACCCGACCACUGAGAACGACAACGGCAUCGCCUUGAAAGCUGCCCUGCUGCGAGCUGAGAUGCGGUUCAAUCGCAAGAGGUUCAAGACCGAUCUCGUCCGAUACCCUGACUCCCAUCCUUGCCGCAACGAUGAACGUCCCUUCAAACAAUACCUCGAGGAGCUGUCCGAUCACUGGGGUCCGACCAAGAUGCUGAAGGGGAUGGGAGGAGCGAACGAGGCUGUGGUCUUUGCUAGCAGGCAGCUCGUUGCCAAGGGCUACAAGGUGGUGGUGUACGCGAACCCGGGGCCGGAAGACUCGGGUUGGGAGGACGAGUUCGGAGUCGAAUGGCACCCCUUCUGGGCAUACGACGAGAGCAACCGCCCUGGCGUGUUUGUGAUCUGGUGGCACCAUCAAGAUGCUGUUGACAUCGGAAGGAACGCAUGGUCUCGUUACAUGUGGUUCCAUUACAGACAGUACACUCAGCGGUACACGGAGGACUUCAUGACAACCAUCGACGGAGCGUUUGCAAUGAGCCGUUAUCAUGCCGAUCAGAUGCCGGACUAUGCUCAGCAGCAAACGAUAGUCAGCGCCAACGGGAUCGAUGCUUCCUUCUUCACGGAUGGGCCAAACUACGGCAAGAGGUUCAUAUACGCGUCGCAUCCUUUCUACGGGCUCAAGACCCUGCUGAAAGCAUGGCCCGAGAUCCAUGCUCGCGUUCCUAAUUCAACGCUGGAGGUCUACUACGGGUGGACGCCUGGCAUGCUGAGACACAUCGAGAGGGUGGGGCCUGAAGGUCACGCGUUCAAGAAGUCCAUCGAUGAAAUGCUAGAGUAUCCGGGAGUUCUAUCCAAGGGGAUGGUGGGGCAGAAGGAGCUUACCAAGGCUCUCAGUGAGUGUGGGUUCUACCUCUACCCAUGUGAGAUCGCCGAGAUCUCCUCCAUCUCGCUCAUGCGAGCGCAGGCCAUGGGCGCCAUCCCCAUCACGAGUCGCUUCCUGGACUCAGCUUUGAACGAGACCGCAGGGCUCUUCGACCUCGGACCUCCUGCCAGGGAAGGGCUGAUCGGGAAAAACCCCGAAUGGUUGCAGCAAUGGAUUGAUGUCGUCGUGGACGCCGGCAACAAUGCCGAGCGAUAUCAUGGUCACAGGCAGCGUAUGAAGGAGUGGGCGAGGAAGAAGUUCAGCUGGGAGAGAGUCGGGAGGCAGUGGGACCACAUCUUCCAGCACGGGGUAGGAGAAGCUGGUUCAGUCGACAUCGACGUCGUUGCCCCACUAGAAGUCUGA